UUUCGAACAAAUCAAACGAAAGUUUUUAGUGCUGCCAAACUACCGUCAUUAAUAAACCCGAAAUUUGAGAGAAUAAGAAAGAGAGAAAAUAUGACAUUUGUAUAUUUGACGUUUGGCAAAAAUUAUUUUACGUGGCCGCUUAUUGCUUCAACAAACAAAUUGUGCAGUUGUUAAAUUAUUUUUCAAUUGCAUUUAAGACAAUAUAUUAGUUGCAAAUAUUAUUGAUUAAUAUGAAUUUAAAAUUGCUUCUGACAUUUUCAAUAGUAUUACUAUUACGUACGACAGCAGCGUUUAUAGUGACUGUCGACGCACACAAUGAAGAAUGUUUUUUCGACAAAGUUGAAGGUGGCACCAAAUUUGGCAUUACUUUUGAAGUAAUCGAAGGUGGUUUUCUGGAUAUUGAUAUCAAAAUUAGUGGUCCCGAUCAGAGUAUAAUACAUCAAAGUGAAAAGGAAUCAUCUGGCAAAUAUACAUUCGCUGCGCCCGUAACAGGAUUGUAUAAAGUUUGCUUUAACAAUGAACGCAGUAGUAUGACACCUAAAGUGGUUAUGUUUUCGAUUGAUUUGGGUGAGACACCACACCGUGCACCGGGUGCACCAGGUGAAGAAGAAGUUGGCCAUACAAAACUUGAAGAUAUGAUACGUGAAUUAUCAGGCACAUUGACAAGUGUUAAACACGAGCAAGAAUAUAUGCAUGUACGUGACAAAAUUCAUCGUUCCGUUAACGAAAGCACAAAUUCACGUGUUGUGCUGUGGUCCACCUUUGAAGCUCUGGUGUUAGUACUUAUGACAAUUGGACAAGUUUAUUAUCUCAAACGUUUCUUCGAAGUAAAACGAGUUGUGUAGAAUUAAAAUUUAUUUAUAUAAAUAAUUUUAAAUAAUUUAGUAACAAUUUUUAAAGCAUAUUCAUCAGGUUUUGAUUUGUGGCAAUGUAAUUUAAAUAACUCAAAAAAAUAGUCCUCAUUUUUCAAUCAUUUUG